AUGGAGGACGAAAAGAGUGAGCAAUUGAUAGGAGGGCCGCCGUACCUGUCCCACCUGCUGACGAACCCAGAGAAUCCAGUAGUGUUCAUGGAUAUAUCACUAGGAUCGCAACAUUUAGGAAGGCUGAAAAUAGAGCUGUUUGCAGAUAAGGUGCCGAAAACGUGCGAAAACUUUAGAAAGUUUUGCACAGGCGAACACAGACAGAACAUGGUUCCAGUGGGAUACAAGAACACACGGUUCCUGAAGGUCAUAAAGGACUACAUGGUUCAGGGAGGAGAUUUUGUCAAAGGGGACGGGACGGGGUGCGUGUCAAUCUACGGAUCGAGCUUUGACGAUGAAAACUUCGAAGUGAAGCACGACAAGCUGGGACUGCUGAGUAUGCACAACACAGGCCCGAACACAAACGGAUGCCAGUUCUUCUUCAUCACGAAGCAGUGCGAGUGGCUGGACGGAAAGAACGUGGCCUUCGGAACGCUGAUCGACGACGAGUCGCGCCUGGUUCUGCAGAAGAUGCAAAACGUGUCAGUCGGCGACAAAUACGUGCCGAAGUUGAAUUUGACAGUAUCGGAAUGUGGGCAGCUGUAG